CCCAUAUUGCGUGAGUUCCCAUUUAUGUAUUCAAUAUUUCUUCUGGGGGCUUGCAGUAUUUUGCGUCUGUAAGACUGUCUCAAACGAUGGCUUUUGCAAACUCCAUCUCCGGGGCUAUUCUCGCCGUUCCGGCCACAAUAGGCACACUUGCUUCGCUUCUCCUUCUUGCGAUCUUGAUCAGUUGUGGAUAUAUACUGUAUAAUGUUUACCUUCACCCCCUCUCGAAGUAUCCAGGACCAUUUUGGUCCGCCGCGACUCACAUCCCUCGAGUUCGAGUCCUUCUCUCCGGGCAACUCUCCUACCACGUCCUCGAACUCCAUGAUAAAUACGGCGACGUAGUGCGCAUAGGUCCCAACGAGCUAUCCUACAACAAUGCCAACGCAUGGAAGGAUAUCUACGGCUUCAAACAGGGCCAUGCGCAGCUUCCAAAGGAUCCCAACUUCUACACGGCGCCUCCUGGUGGGGCUCAUAGCAUCAUCACGACAGAUGUUGCCGGCCAUUCUCGAAUGCGUCGCCUCGUCGCCCACGCCUUCUCCGAAAAGGCGCUUCGGGAACAAGAGCCGCUGAUGAAGGGAUACAUGGAUUUGUUUAUUCAACGGCUACGGGAAAACUGCGACGAUGGAAAGAACAAGUUGGAUAUCGUGUCUUGGUACAACUGGACCACUUUUGAUAUCAUUGGCGAUCUCAUGUUUGGAGAGCCCUUUGACUGCCUUGAGAACGUAAGCUAUCACCCGUGGGUAAGCAUUCUAUUCGAUAGCAUCAAAGCCGCCACGAUCUUCAGCACCACCUCGUUGUUUCCCGGAGCACAGACAGUCAUCAUGGCGCUUGCACCAAAGAAGCUUAUCGAGACAAGAGACUAUCAUCAAAACCUAGUUGUCGAGAAGGUGAAGACGAGGCUUGAGCGGGUGACUGACCGAUCCGACUUUAUGACUUAUAUCCUGAGGCAUAACGACGAAAGGGGGAUGUCCAUACCGGAAAUUGAAGCCACCGCAAAUGCCAUCAUGAUUGCUGGGUCUGAAACUACGGCUACGCUAUUGUCAGGAGUGACAUACCAUCUUCUGAAGAAUCCCGAAACUUUGAAGAAGCUUGUUGGUGAGAUCAGAGGCGCAUUUGCGACAGAAGAAGAGAUCACUCUCAUCGGUGUCGGAAAGCUGAAAUACCUACUUGCAGUCCUGGACGAGGGGCUGCGUAUGUAUCCUCCGGUACCAGUAGGCCUGCCUCGUAACAUACCAGCAGAAGGAGCUGUUAUAAACGGUAAAUAUGUUCCUCCAAAGACAUUGGUAUCAGUGAAUCAAUGGGCCUCCUACCACACCGAAAAGAAUUUCCGCGAGCCGAACUCCUUUAUUCCAGAGCGCUGGCUAGGGGACUCACGCUUUGCAUCCGACGCGAAGGACGUACUACAACCUUUCUCUGUCGGGCCAAGAAACUGCAUUGGUAAAAGCCUGGCCUACGCUGAGAUGCGCUUAAUUCUCGUACGACUGUUGUGGAACUUUGACCUGCAGCUCGUACCGGACUCCAAGAGUUGGGAGGGCCAAGAAAUGUAUAUCCUGUGGCAGAAGGAUCCUCUAUAUAUUACUCUCACCCCGAGGAAAUGAUGUAAGUACAGGAUAUAGGAUCUCACAUAUAUUUAAAUAUAACGGC